GCUGUCAUAGUUCGCUGCUGUGGUCUACUCGCUGCUGCUGCUGCUGCUGCUGUCAUAGUUCGCUGCUGCGGUCUACUCGCACGCUAUGAUGGCGAAUCCACGUCCGCGCAUCAUAUCAGGUGGCCAGACCGGCGCGGAUCGUGGAGCGCUGAUGGCGGCGCUCGCGCUCGGCGUCCCAUUCGGGGGAAGCUGCCCCGCGGGCCGGCGCGCGGAGGACGGGGAGAUCCCGCGGGAGCUGGCGGAGCGGAUGGCGGAGCUUCCGCAGGCGGGGUACGGCGCGCGCACGGAGCGGAAUGUGGCGGACGCGGACGCGACGCUGGUGCUGCUGCUGGAAGGCGCUUGGGACGCAGGAGGAGGAGGAGAAGCAGCAGCAGAAGCAACACACGGACAGGUUUGCGUGGUUGGAAGGGAGAUGGAGAGGCGGAGGGGGAACUGCGGGAAUGGGAGUGAGGUGGAAGAACGGUUGUGGCUGGGCUAGAGAGGAGUGGCGAGUGGAGAGUUGCGGAGAGUGCGGCAGGUGAGUGGCGGCACGGAGCUGACAGUGGAGCUGGCUGUGAGGCACGGCAAGCCAUGUAUGGUGGUCGUGCUGCCACCGUGCCGCUGCUGCUGCUGCUGCAUGGGGGGCCGCCAUGGGCAGUGCGAGCAGCAGCACCGGGAGCAGCAGGAGCAGCAGCAGCAGCAGCAGCAGCAGCAGCAGCAGCAGCAGCAGCAGCAGCAGCAGCAGCAGCAGCGGCAGCAGGAGCAGCAGCAGCAGCAGGAGCAGCAGCAGCAGCAGGAGCAGCAGCAGCAACAAGAGCAGGGGCGGCAGCAAGAUGGUGGAAGUGGUGAGGUGUGCUGCCCCCACUGCAGGAGCAGGAGCACAUGUGGGGAGAUGUGUGGCAUGGCGGAGAGGGUAUGUGCGUGGCUGCAGCAGCAGCAGGUGGGGGUGGUGAACGUGGCGGGGCCGAGGGAGAGCGAGCAGCCGGGAAUGACGCGCGCUGCAAGGUGCUUCACCGCUGCUCUGCUGCUGCGCUGGCUGCAGUUGAAGGAGACCACUUAGUAAUAGUGAGGGGCGGUGAGGGGAGGGCACAGUCAAGCAAGUGUGGCAGGAGUGCAGUAUGCUCCAUCCCAUUCUGUUAUGGGUGGAAACCCAGAGUAGCGCGGAAGUGAAUAUCGAAGUUCAGAAUUACAGAUUUGCAGAUUCACAGAUUGUCGGUACAAUGAAAAACGAGGCUAGAUAUAGGAACACCAGAGCGAAUCCUAACCGCGUGAUGCGCACGUCAGCACGAAGGCAUCCGAGGACGCGGAGCGCUUCGGAUGACGCGGAAAAGGUUCGGUGUGUAAUAAUUUGACAGGUGGUGCAGGAGAGGAGACUAAUAUCAGAGUAGAAGAAUGAAUUAAAAGAGAGAGAACAUG